AUGGCAGGGAGAGGAAAGAAGUUGCAACCAAGAUUUGUAGGACCUUAUAAGAUUCUCCAACGUGUAGGAAACGUGGCCUAUAAGUUGGAACUACCACCAAAUUUGUCUCGAAUUCAUAACAUUUUCCAUGUGUCUAUGCUCAAGAAGUAUCACCCAGAUCCCUCCCAUGUACUGCAACCAGAAAAUAUUGAUAUCGACGAGGCACUGACUUAUGAGGAGAAACCAGAGAACCUUUUGGAUCGUAAGGUGAAGGAACUAAGGAAUAAGCAAAUCCCUUUGGUAAAAGUUCUAUGGAGGAAUCACGGAUUAGAGGAAGCAACUUGCGAGGUAGAAGAAGAGAUUCGAGAGAAAUAUCCAGACCUAUUUCCAAAUCAAGGUGCUCAAGGGUGUUUCGAAGGGGAUCCCGGUACAGACAAUUGA